AUGCCUGCUGACACAGAUAGCAGUGACGACUCUGAUGGAGGAGCACCUCUAUACCCCUCCAUGACCACGCCCAUUGCACCGCCCCUCCGGCGUCAUGAGGAAGCCAAACUUGAGUCGCCAUCUGACGAGGAGAAGGCGCUUGUUCGUGCCUCUGAAAAUUUUGGAAGCUUGAAGGAUCCUUUCGCCGAGACACCUGGUGUCCCUCAAUCGAUUCAUCCGAAUGCUUAUUCUCACCACGUUGCCUUUCCGCAGCCUACUCCUAGCAGGGCGAACAAUGGAUUUAGUCGUUUUGGAAACGCCCAGUCGGCUGGCAGGUACCGGUCGUCGACUGCAGCACCUGGGGGUCAAGGCAGCUCCGUUCCUAGAUUCCGACCUGGUAUGGGCGGAACUCCUUUCAACAAUGGAAAUCUACUUGCUGAUGAGCCGGGAGUAUAUUCUUGCCAGCAGGUCUUUGCGUCUAUCAUGACUGCUACUCAAUACGUCAACAUUUCACCAGGCUUGUCAAGCCAAACCCAAACCCAACUUACACAUCUGCUCCAAGAGAUAUCUCAAGGGUUUAGCACCAUUACUGUUCAGUUGCGAAAGCAACGCGAUGAGGCAAAUCGGGGCAAAGAAGAUGAGCACGAGCGCUACAAGCGCGCCAUGCAUGAAGCUGAAGAGCUACGAAAGUCACUAGAGGAGGUGGAGGCCAUCAACAGAACUUUGAUGCCCCAACUCAACCACAGCUCUGAGCGUGAGAACCUGAUGAAGGACCACAUCAAAGACCUACAGAAGCAGCUAGUCGCUGUCCAGAAGCAAUUGGAUACACUUACGUCGGAUGCAGUGCGCUUUCAUGCUCACCACGAUAAGGUUAUUGAGAAUUACAAGGAACAAGAUGAGAAGCAUUUCAAAGCGAUGACUGACCUUGAGAGUGAGGUUAAAGCAUUGCGUUCUAACUCUCACAUUUCUCUUGGUGGCGCUUUUUCUACACCAACCCAGCCUGCUUCCGUAAACAAUGUGCAAAGCACCUAUGACUCUAACAGCCCGAAGCCUAGAAACAAACUGUCAGCUUAUGAAACUUCUUUGCUUCUGAAUGACCUACAUAAGUUGGUCGGUCCGCCCAAGAAAGACAGUUUCGUCCCUAAUCCUCAAGCACCAGCCUGGGCACCAGCUACAGCAAGCAUUGAGACGUUGAUCAAUAAUGCUGCAAAGUCUUCUUCCAACAGUAGCACUGAACGACAGGAUGAUUCGUCGUCUGGCAAUUCAGGUGAAGUUAUUCUCUACAACGGCCACGGCAACCAGUCCAAGUCGUUAACGCCAUACGUGGGACCACCCGCACACGGCGGUGCACCAACUUUCAUCCGCACACCGUUCGGCGUCGUGUUCGGUGAGUAUCCCACGGUUGAAGAGAAUUCUCGUCUACCGGGCGACAAGUUCAUUCCGCGUGAGAAAGAGGAAUGGGAAGUAGUCGACGUCCAGCGAGCGAUGGCGCAUCUCUAUGACCUCUGCAAGGGCUAUGUGGCCAACUGCCAUAUGAAUAGCCCACCCAACGUGCCAUUCAACAAGCUUAAGGAACAAGAGUCCUAUACGUGGCAUUAUCUGAUGCAGCAGGUCUAUAAGGACCCCGAGCACGCAUCAAGUCACCUAACCUAUCUUUUGAGCACCAGGGUUUUCGUCCCCUACCUUCUCCAGCGUACUUGUGUCGAUUAUCUACUCAAGAAGCUAUUGACACCUCAGGUGUUCCUCGGCUUUUCCGAUCAGAUGGACGCUCAUCUUAGAGCUCUACAGGGCCAGCUCGCCAACAUCGCUGAUAAUCGAGAUCGUCCUACUUACAACCGCAACCGCCAGCGCGUUAUUGAAGACCACGCAAAGUUAAUCAAGGCCAUCGCUAUGUCCAAGGAGGUCUCUGAAUUUCGCAGACGGACCGUGGAACGUCACGCUAAUAUUAUGAGCGCGCUUCUUGACCCCUGUCGUGCCCAGGGAAUUUCGGUCGAGGUUGCCCAGAAGUCCCUACGCAUCAUGGCCGCCGCUUGUUGGGACAUCAGUAUCAAGGUAUGGAGUAGCGGCAAGACGCUUCACUACGUCUUUCCGGAGUGUGCCAACAAGUUUUCACCCGGUACCAUGGAAGCAUUGAAUGGUCACCACAUGGCUGCCAGUUCCGAAGAGCUUGUCGCCUCGCAGUGUCGCGUCUCCCUUGUAGUUACGCCUACUAUGACUCUUCGCGACGAUCGUGAUGCUGCUCGCAUGCAGUGUUUCGCCAUUCACAAGGCUCAAGUCUUGGUGAUGAAAUAA